UUUGAAAUCACUGUCCAACAAGCACUUAGAGAAAAUAUUACAUAAUUUCAAUAAUAUUUCUACCUGCCCCUUUUCGUUUUUCUUCUUUACCAUCAUCAGUUUCUCUUGUUUGUUGUCUGAGAAAACAAAUCCCAGAAACAACAAAAGGAUCAGUUGGGGAAGAGAGAUACAUACAUAUAGCUAAAUUAUAUACACACACAUUUAUAUAUAUUUACAUAUAUAUUAUUUUGUACAAAUUUCUUUAAAUAGAAAAAAAAAAUGUCAAAAGAAAUUGAAAUGAGUGUUGAUCAUCCUGAACCUGAAGAAUCUUCCCCUCUGAUCCCUCCUUCUUUGAUUACUGUACCUAAUAAUAUUAAUGAUGAUGAUAUAAUAGACCUUGAAGCAGGUCCAGAUGAACACAUUCAAUGCAGGAUUUGCCUAGAAUCUGAUGGUGGGGAUUUUAUAGCACCUUGCAAGUGCAAGGGAACCUCAAAGUAUGUCCAUCGCGAGUGCCUUGAUCAUUGGCGUGCUGUCAAGGAAGGAUUUGCCUUUGCCCAUUGCACUACUUGCAAAGCACCCUAUCACUUGAGAGUUCAUGUUAAUGAUGAUAGAAAAUGGCGUACUUUGAAGUUCCGAUUUUUUGUAACCAGAGACAUUUUAUCCAUAUUUCUUGCGGUUCAGCUUGUUAUAGCUUCAUUGGGAUACUUAGUUUACAUCAUUGAUACAUACAAGAAAUCUUGGCUUCGUUUGAUUUGGGGAUUCGAUAGUGAACUAAGCUUCUACUACAUAUGCGGGGCCCUAUUGUUUUUCGCUUUGCUGGGCCUAUCUGGUUGUUUGAUAACUUGUUUCGACCAAAGAGUGCGCAAUGAUUUGGCUCAGCCCUGCCGCGAAGUGUGCCUUUGCUGCUGUCAUCCCGGAGUCUGUGCCGACUGCCAUUUGCCUGGUACACUCUGUAUAUGGACUGAUUGUAGCACAUGCUUUGAAGGUUGUGCUAGUAUGACCAGUGAAUGUGGAGGUUGCUUAGGAGGUGCCGGUGAAGCUGGGUUGCCAUUUUUAUUUAUAAUGGCUCUAGUCGUACUUGGACUGUUUACUAUCAUUGGUAUAUUUUACAGUGUUUUGGUUGUUACGAUGGUCGGACAGAGAAUCUGGCAGCGCCACUACCACAUACUUGCAAAAAGAAUGCUCACUAAGGAAUACGUCGUGGAGGAUGUUGAUGGUGAGGAUACUGGAAAUGAUUGGUCUCCUCCACCUCUCCCACAAGAGCAUGUUCAACAACUGAAAACACUAGGACUUCUGUAAAACUUCAAGGACUUCAACAUAGUUGACGGAAACUAGGGAUGGAUUAAAACUCCAUCUCUUUUGGGGCCUCCGUUAUUGUCUUCGAGUUUAUUAAUCUAGCUAAUGACAGAAUUUUUUUUAUUGAUAGAUAGAAAAUCUCAUGAGUCCGAUAUUGUUCAUAGUUUAUGAACGAUCACACAUGUAAUUGUCAAGAAAACUACUUGAAUCAUUCUAGUUCUGAAUGAUCAUGUGUAAUUGUCAAUAAAUCUGAUUAUUAACAACCUAAAUGAAGCCACAAGAAGUUAUCUUA